AACAAAACGGCAGAAAACGCGCAGGACACAAAGCGCGCGGCUCCGCGCCGUCUGAGCAACUUAGGCCAUGCACUGCGCGUCCACGCCAACCAGCAGCAGCGUACAGGUUAAAUCUUUCUUUUUUCGUCUCACUUUCGGUUCUCCUCCCGACCGACCGCGUUUAUAAGGGCUGGCACCCACCAGCACGUUCCCUUUAGCCGAUAGGCAGAAGGCAGACAGUACGACGGCGCGGAAAGUGAUUCGGCGCGUGCACAAGUGGCGAUCAUGGCAGACUACACGGGAAGCACUCUGCGCUUGGGCACGAUGAUGUUCUUGGCCACGGUUGUGUCCUGGACGUCGGCGGACCCUGCCUGCUUUCAAAUAGACGGCCACAAGUACCGGCGGCUAAUCUGCCGAGAGUUCGAGUCUCCCGAUGACUUCAAGAAGCACGUGCCACGAAGCGAAUCUUCCAAGGAUACCUGGUUCCUCCUCAUCGACAGCGCCUUGGACCGCCUGCCUCCAGCCGCCUUCGCGAGUCUCAACGUUUCGGAGCUGAUCCUCAGCAACGUCACCCUGAGCUCGCUGGACGGGCCGGAAGGUGGCGAGGGACCGUUUUCGGGCCUCGAGCAAUCACUAAAGAAGAUGGUCUUUCGGAGAGACAGCACGCUGCCCUCUUCGUGGUCGCAGCUGGGCAAGAUGGCCGCCCUGCAGGAACUGCACCUCCAGCGUUACGUGAACCUGAACCUGACGCGCGACUUCGGCAAGCUUCCGCCCGGCCUCAAGCUCGUGUUCGUGUUCGACUCUAUCCUGAACAACGUGGACGACGACUGGCUCGCGGAUCUGAACGACUUGGAGACGGUCAUCGUCCGCGUCACCAACCUGCCGGUCUUCGUUCGCUCCAUGCUCCCAAGGCCUGCGCCCAAGCUGAGGACACUGGACCUGGCCGAGAACAACCUUCGCGCAUUUCCGCGAGGGAUCGGCGACGAUCUUCCGGCACUGCAGUUCGUCAACCUCGAGGACAACCGAAUCACGACGCUCGACGAAAAGGACGUCGCACCUCUGCACAGGGACUCCGUGAUCGUUCGACUCAUCGGCAACCCGAUCCACUGCGACUGCCGGCUGUGGUUCCUUCUGGACUACACGGACAGAUGGCACUACUUCCUGUGCCGGUCACCCGAGAUCCACCAGGGACGUUACAUCAAGAUGCUGUCGGAACCGGAGCUGCCCUGCGAAUACGAGACGCGCCCCGUGCUAGCAGACGGCGUCGCUGUCGUCCCCGUGCCUUCUGCCGCGCCUGCGGCUGACGCUUCGCCGCCUGCCACUCAAGCCACGUCUUCGGAGAGUCCCUCCUCUUCCUCCUCAGCGCGAUAAAAGGAGUUGCUGCGAGUAUAAAUGUACCAAACGUCUGAGAUAUUACGUGUCUUUUCGUGCUGACGACAACAACACGCAUCCUCACGAAGGGUGCAGCGAAAAUAAAAAAAAAAGGAAGAAAAGAAAGAAAAUGGGUGGGAAGGGUGUGGGAGGAGUGUAGCAGCUGUAGAUUGGCGUCGAACCACAAUAAAUCGGUCCAGGGUUCGUAUCCUUGAUGAGUUUACUCGGCCUUAUGCCCAUCCCUUCAUCAUAAUCCCAUCAGUCGGCCAGAGAAUAGGGAUCAUUAAUUCCCAAAGAUGUGAGUAAUUAGAAAGACGGAGAGCAAGACUGAAGUAGCAGCCCUGACUUAGAUCUGGCUAACUAACCCGUACUCGAAGAAAGGGAUGAAGAAAUUUAAUGACGAUAGAUGGGUGGGUCUGAGAUGAGCCAAAUGUAACUAAAAUAAAAGCACAAACUAACAAUUUCUUUACUAAGGCUUCAAAAGGCUGUAGUGCGAUCUUUGAAAGUUCGGCUGCUUUUAUUCUCGAUUUUUUUCAUAAAGCGAGUCUCAACAAUGAUGAAUAUUUGGCAGACAUGGACUACUACUGCACACUCACUAAGCCCUAUUACUUUAUUCAGACUGCGCUUUCUCGGGCAGCUUUGAAACCUACAUCUACUACUGCCACGGUCAUUCGUUAUACUUAAUAAAGUUUCGUCAUACGGUGACGCUACACAUUUGUCCGAAACUGUUCACUGUUGUGGCAACACAGUUCAGUCACACUGCAUGCAUUCGCAAUGCGAAACUACUCAUGAGGUCUGCGGUAAGCAAGUCGAAACUCAAGUCCUCUCUACGCAGUCAGAUUUUGUUAAAAACGCGUUAAAAAAUUUAUGCUAAGCAAAUGCGGCAAGCGGCCACAACAUUAAAAAAAAAAAACAAGACGAGGCGUCACGUGCUGGUAAGCGGCCAAUUAACAAGAACAAACGAAGAAAAAAAUAAAUAAGUAAAACCUGAUUGGGAUGUGCCCUGGAUCGCAAGCGAUCAGACUUAAGAAAAGUUCGUGCGAAGCUAGAUUUACCUGAAAACUUCGAUCGUUGGUUGACGAACGAUAAACCUGCACAGACAUUGCUGCAGUUCAUGCA